UGACGUCACAGGCAGGAUUUCCGGUAGCGGAAGAUCUCUGUCAUAUCGAGUCGCGUUGUGGCCCGUUCGUCGAUGCACGACAAGUUCGACCGGAUAGAAGUAUGACAGAAGUGGACGUAGUGGUGCUGGACGAUCCCGUCCCGAAGGAGGAGGUGGCGCACUUCCUGGCGCCAGCGAUCCAGCACAACCCGGACGGCUGGGGCCCGUGCGAGCUGCCCGAUCAGUUUAAGGACAUUCCUUACCAGCCAUUUUCGAAGGGAGACAGGCUGGGCAAGAUCUCCGACUGGACGACACCGGCCUUCCAGGAUAAGAAAUUCCCAAACAAAUAUACAUCGCAGUUUGGUUCCGGUAGUCAGUAUGCUUAUUAUCACGACGAAGACGAGACCACUUUCCACUUGGUGGACACCACUCGCGUGCAGAAACCACCGUAUCAACGUGGCCGCUUCCGUCACAACCAGCGCAACUUACGCGGUCGUGGCGGUCAACGUGGCGGGCUGAGUCAAAUGCAGCAGCUAGGAAAGCUCAAGUUGCGAGAACGGGAGCGUAAGGGACAAGCGAAGCGCUGGGGUAGACAGCAAGGUCUGCGUAAUCACAAGAAUCAACCCCCCAUCAAGAUUCGAGACGCCUCCGUGACGGUGCGGCCCGACUGGAUUACCAUCGAGGAGAUGGACUUUCCGCGAUUGGCCAAGCUCUCGUUGCCUGGCGUGAAGGAUGGCGAGGAUAUACUGUGCUGCGGUUCCCUCGAAUAUUACGACAAGACGUAUGACCGCGUGAACGUCAAGAGCGAGAAGCCGCUGCAGAGAAUCGAUCGCAUCUUCCACACGGUCACGACCACCGACGAUCCCAUCGUCCGUAAGCUGUCGAAGACCGAGGGUAACGUUUACGCCACCGACGCGAUUCUGGCAACCAUCAUGUGUUGCACGCGCAGCAACUACUCGUGGGACAUCGUCAUCGAGAAGAUCGGCGACAAGCUGUUCUUCGACAAGCGCGACAACACCGAGUUCGAUCUGCUGACUGUGAACGAGACGAGCGUCGAGCCGCCGCAGGACGACGGGAAUUCGUUGAACUCGCCGAGGAACCUCGCCCUCGAGGCGACCUUUAUCAAUCACAAUUUCUCGCAGCAGGUCCUCAAGUCGAACGAGCCGCGCUACAAGUUCGAGGAGGGCAAUCCGUUCAUCUCGGAGGAGGAGGAGAGCGAUGUGGCAAGCGUGGCUUAUCGUUAUCGCAAGUGGGACCUCAACAACGGCAUCGUCCUCGUCGCCCGAUGCGAGCACGACGCCGUGAUGCAAGGCCCCAACAACGAGAACCAAUUCUUAACGAUUAAGGCAUUGAACGAAUGGGACUCAAAGCUGGCUAAUGGAGUCGAGUGGCGUCAGAAGCUGGACACCCAGCGCGGCGCGGUUUUGGCCAACGAAUUACGAAAUAACGCCUGCAAACUCGCCAAGUGGACGGUUCAGGCGUUACUCGCUGGCUCGGAUCAGCUGAAAUUCGGAUACGUGUCGCGGGCUAUAGUACGAGACUCGAGCAAGCAUGUAAUCCUUGGUACGCAGCAGUAUAAACCGAACGAGUUUGCGACACAAAUCAACUUGAACAUGGACAACGCAUGGGGUAUCUUGAGGUGUAUCAUUGAUAUUUGUAUGAAGCAGAAGGACGGCAAGUAUUUGAUAAUGAAGGAUCCGAAUAAGCCAAUGAUUCGGUUAUACGAUAUUCCUGAUAAUACCUUCGAGAGCGAGGGUGAAGAGGACGAGGACGACGAUGAACCUGUUAAUGACGCGUUUCAAAGUUAAUAGCAACAACACAAAUAUCAUCCUUAAUCGUGCAUUUGAUCGGCCCGAAUCUUUGUAGAGAUACAGGAGAGAGGAGUUCUUGCAAAGAAAAUAAAUGAGGAGAUUUAAGCACAAUUUAA